UGUGAGCCGUCAUCGCACCACUGGACUCCACCCUGGGUGGCAGUGAGACCCUGUCCCUAAAGAACCGGGUGACCUCGACCCUCCACAUCGCUGGCUCUCCACGGGCGCUGCACAGUGGAGACCCGGGAUCUGAUUGCAUAGGACUGGGCACUGGAGUUUAAGUUAUCCAGGGGGGUUUAAUAUGCAACGAAGUCUGGGAACCACUACCAGUGAACCCCUUCAUUUUGUGUGGCUCCGGCUGCUGGAAGCCCUCGGACAAGGAACUGUAGCCCAUCUACCGCGUGGUGUUGGUGUGAGAGUGGAGCCCGGGUCUGUCCCGGCGCGGGCCCGCGGCCACCGCGUUUGGAUUCCAGAUCCCAGCCCCUGUGCUCAGUCCGGGCUUCCUUUCUGGUGCUCUCCCAGUCCCUUCCCGCGCGCUCUUACCUGGGGUGUGGUGGGGGCGGGGGACAGAGCCGGGCGCAGUCGAGAGCACAGCCCUCAGGCGGGGCUGUGGGGCCACUGUGCUGAGGGCCAGGCCGCCACGCCCCUGGACCCUGAAAGUAGGCUCGGACCCCCGCUGCAGCGCGGACUCCGGCGUGGCCUGCAACCCGGACCCUGGCCAGCUCCGCGUCCUCCAGAUCUUUACUCAUGGCCCCGCAUCGCCGGGCCCAGCUGCACCUUUGGUCCCCGCCCGCGGCAGCCGAGGAGAGGAGAGUAAGGCCUAGACAGGGGAGGAACCCACACAGCCUCUGUGCUCUAGCCUGCUGGAAGGACAAGGUCUACCUACAAAUGCAGAGAUCCACACAUUAAGGACAAUGAAACACCCAAGUGUUAGGAACCAGAAUAAUCAGCCCUAACAGAGGGGAGGCUGGUCAGGGAGGGCUUCCUGGAGGAGGAGGCACAAUACCAGGGUGCACUGUGAUUUCUGGAGACCCAAGGAGUUCUGGUAAAUGACAGGUGAAAAAAAGAAAAAUGUAAUAAAAUACAAUUGAAAA